AUGUGGGUUGUUGACACUGGUGCAGGCCGAGGAAUAACAUCAGACCGAAGCUGGUUCACGGGAAGCCUGAAGCCUGACCUAAGUCACGUCUUCACUUACGGAUAUUUGAGUGCGUUAAAUUUAACGGAAAUUUCAUAUAACCGGAAAUGUGAUAGUAAUUCACUAAGUGCAUACUAUUUGGCUAAGCAAGGUAACAGGCACAUCCAGUCAAAAUCUGGAGAUUUCCUCUUUUUCAUAGGAGAUAACUUUACGUUACUGCUCGGCCAUGUUGGUAAAGAACGAUUAAUUCGAACACUAAAUAACGAGAAAAUUACUGGGCUGCCAAAAAUACCUUACUCCGAACUGAAGAAGGUUCAUUUCUUUUGUAAGACAUGCGCCCAAAUGAAAGAUAGAAGGAUGUCCUAUAAGAACAUGGUGGGAGCCAAGGCUACUGAGCCACUCCAUACACUCCAUAUGGACUCAACUGGUAAAUUACGGGUGAAUGGCUUAUAUGGCUGUAGAUGA